AGUUCAACAUUGGUGAAUUUGGCGGGAAAGCAGUAGUAUACAUAAACCAUACCAAAUUACAAUUGGAAGAUAGAAUUUUCACUUUCAUUUAGCUUUUUCUUUUUUUACCAAACGUAAAUGGAUUCGAAAGAGAAUGAGCAAUAUAUUUUCAACCCCGAGGUUUUACCUGAUCUAUUACCAGUCUACUACAAAAGACUUUUUCCGUUUAGUUUAUACUACAGGUGGAUGACGUAUGGAAAUUUGAAUAAAAACUACUUCCCAUAUCGAGAAUUUUCAUUUACUUUACAAGAUGAUAUUUAUUUGCGCUAUCAGUCAUUCAUGGAUCAAACAGAAAUGGAGCGGGAAGUUCAGAAAAAGUGUCCUUAUAAAAUUGACAUUGGAGCAGUCUACAGUUUCAGACCACGAGAGCACAGAACAGUUUCAACAUUUCAGCCUUUGGAAAAAGAACUGGUUUUUGACAUAGAUAUGACAGACUAUGAUGAAGUAAGGAAUUGCUGCUCGGGAACAGAUAUCUGUAAAAAGUGUUGGCCUUUUAUUGUGAUUGCCAUGAAGAUUUUGGACCGAGCAUUGAAGGAGGACUUUGGGUUUCAUCACCUUUUGUGGGUAUACUCUGGAAGACGAGGGGUUCACUGUUGGGUGUGUGAUGAAGUAGCCCGUAAAUUAACUUCAACAGCUCGUUCAGCCAUUGCAGAAUAUCUCACAGUUGUUAAGGAAAGCAAAAGAGAUAAUUCAGAAGUAUUUUAAUGACCUGAUGCUAGAAAAUCAAGAAAUUAUGGAAACUGAAGAAAAAUGGGAGAAGAUUGUUGCAUUGUGCCCAGAUGGAAAGCUAAGAGAAAAUCUGCAGCAGAGAUUAGCAAAAUUCACGAACAGCAAGGACUGCUGGGAAGCUUUCAAAGACACUGUCAAUUAUGCAAUAAAAAAGG